GAUAACAUUGGUGUUUUCGUGGACCAAAAUGGGAAACUGCUUCAAGAAGGCCGGAUUUGUUGGUCGGAGGCUCCUUCUGUCGUUGUCAUACAAAAUCCUUAUGCAGUUGCUUUGUUGCCAAGAUAUGUUGAGAUUCGGUCUCUCCGGUCUCCAUAUGCAUUGAUACAAACCAUUGUCCUUCGAAAUGGCCGGCAUCUUAUUGACAGUAAGCAUGCUCUGGUUGUUGGAUUAGACAAUUCUGCUUAUGGCCUCUUUCCUGUUCCUCUUGGUGCACAGAUAGUUCAAUUAACAGCAUCUGGUAACUUUGAGGAAGCGUUGGCUCUGUGCAAGUUGCUUCCACCUGAAGAUUCAAGCCUUCGAUCUGCAAAGGAGAGUUCAAUCCAUAUCAGAUAUGCUCAUUAUCUUUUUGAUAAUGGGAGCUAUGAGGAGGCAAUGGAACAUUUUUUGGCAUCUCAAGUGGAUAUAACCUACGUGCUUCCCAUUUAUCCUUCAAUUGUCCUUCCAAAGACAACUUUGGUUACUGAAACAGAGAAAUUGGUGGAUUUGGAUGAUCCUCAUCUUUCAAGAGCUUCUUCAGGUUUUUCAGAUGACAUGGAGUCGCCUCUACACCAGCUGGAAUCUGAUGAGAACACAUCACUGGAGUCAAAAAAAAUGAACCAUAAUACUCUCAUGGCUCUAAUCAAGUUUUUGCAGAAGAAAAGGCACAACAUUAUUGAAAAGGCCACUGCUGAAGGGACAGAAGAGGUAGUUUUAGAUGCUGUUGGAGACCGGUUUAAGAAAUCUUACAAGGGACGAGGAAAUAUUCCCAUCAGCUCUGGUGCUAGGGAGAUGGCAGCUAUACUGGAUACAGCAUUACUUCAAGCUCUGCUUUUUACUGGACAAUCAUUUGCGGCUUUGGAAUUAUUGAAAGGCCUGAAUUAUUGUGACGUAAAAAUAUGUGAAGAGAUCCUUCAGAAAAAUAAACAUUAUUCGGCUCUGUUAGAGUUGUAUAGGUGCAAUUCUAUGCAUCGUGAAGCUUUAAAACUUUUGCAUCAAUUAGUAGAAGAGUCAAAAGUCAACGAGUCUCAAACUGAACUCCAAAAGUUUAAACCUGAAAUGAUCAUUGACUAUCUUAAGCCUCUUUGUGGAACUGAUCCCAUGCUGGUUCUGGAAUUCUCGAUGACCGUUCUUGAAAGCUGCCCCACGCAAACUAUUGAUCUCUUUCUUUCGGGGAAUAUUCCUGCAGACUUGGUUAAUUCCUAUUUGAAGCAACAUGCUCCAAACUUGCAGGCAACAUAUUUGGAGCUUAUGCUUGCAAUGAACGAGAGUUCAAUUUCUGGAAAUCUCCAAAAUGAAAUGCUUCAAAUAUAUCUUUCGGAAGUUCUUGAGUGGUAUGCUGAUUUAAAUGCUCAAAACAAAUGGGAUGAAAAAAUUUACUCCUCCACGAGAAAGAAGUUGUUGUCUGCUUUAGAGUCAAUCUCAGGGUAUCAGCCGGAAGUUCUAUUAAAACGCCUGCCCUCGGAUGCAUUAUCUGAAGAACGAGCAAUUUUAUUGGGGAAGAUGAACCAGCAUGAGCUUGCCUUAUCUCUCUAUGUUCAUAAGAUCCAUGUUCCUGAGUUGGCACUAUCCUACUGUGACCGGGUUUAUGAAUCUUUAGCUAACCAGCAACCAACAAAAUCUUCUGGCAAUAUAUACCUGACUCUUUUACAAAUAUACCUCAAUCCCCGCAGAACAACAAAAAAUUUUGAGAAGAGAAUUACUAACUUAACAUCUCCUCAAAAUAUGGGGACUCCAAAACUUGGGUUAGGUCCGUCAUUCAAGGUUAAAGGAGGUCGUGCAGCUAAGAAAAUUGCUGCAAUAGAAGGUGCAGAAGACAUGAAAGUUAGUCUUAGUAACACUGACAGUAGCAGGAGUGAUGGCGACACUGAUGAACCUGGCGAAGAAGGAAGCUCUUCAAUUAUGCUUGAUGAAGCUCUGAACCUGUUGAGCCAAAGGUGGGACAGAAUUAAUGGAGCACAGGCACUCAAACUUUUACCCAAGGAAACAAAGUUACAGAACUUGCUACAAUUUAUUGGACCACUUUUAAGGAAAUCCAGUGAGGCGUACAGGAAUUCUUCAGUGAUAAAGAGUUUGCGACAAAGUGAAAACUUACAGGUGAGAGACGAACUCUAUAGCCAAAGGAAACCUGCUAUAAAAAUAACCAGUGAUAGCAUGUGCUCUCUCUGUAAGAAGAAAAUAGGGACGAGCGUUUUCGCGGUCUAUCCGAAUGGGAAAACACUUGUGCACUUUGUAUGCUUUAGAGACUCACAGAACAUGAAGGCUGUGUCUAAGGAUUCACCCAUAAGAAGGCGUACAUAAUAAUCAAGGUGAUGGUUUCUCCAUUUUUAGGUUUCAAACACAAAAAUGAAAGGCUUUAACAGGGAAAAAGAAAACUAACAAACUCAGGUGUGUCAAGGGAAGUCUGUCUUUUUCAUGACAAGGAUGAGGAAUACAUGGAAACUGGCCUGGAGGGGUUGCUUUUUUUUCUUUUUUUUUGUCAUUCAUUGGAUUGGCUUUUUGGGUGUAUUUAUUUAAUAUAAUUUUUUGUUUUGCAAUUGGGUGAAAUAUGUGAGGUUUGUAUCUAUAUGAGGGUUAUGAUUACUACCUUUUAUAUGUAUAUCUACUUUGCUUGUGAAAUAUUGCAAGUUCAGCAUGAAUGAAAAAGCAAAAGGAUCCUCAUUGAUAAUGUGAUAAAAUCAAGUAA